UCUCUAACCUCACAGACCAGUGCUGCACUUCAAAUGGACGCGUUGGCCGUUCCAGCCGACAGACCAAAGGGAUGGUACCUUUCCCUCAUGGCCCCCAACACAAAAGGACCAACGUUUGCCUGGCUGGACCCAUCCAGACUCUACUGCAACUCCCAAGCUCUUGCUGACUGCGUGAAAGAUAUUCUGAGUCCGUUCCACAGCGACACCAUUGACCUGGUUGCUGGUAUAGAUGCAAUGGGAUUCAUUCUUGGGGCAUCUGUUGCCACCACUCUUGGAAAAGGUUUCUUGGCCAUCCGUAAAGCGGGUCAUUUGUGUGUCAUGACCGAAAGUGAGAACUACACGGACUACACAGGCAGACAAAAGAGUAUGGAAGUCAGGCUGGAUGUGCUAAAACCAGGUGUGAAGGUGCUGUUGGUGGACCAGUGGAUAGAGACCGGCGGCACGAUGAAGGCUGCCAUCCAGCUGGUGGAGAGGCUGGGAGCCGCAGUCGUAGGCGUAGCAGCCGUCGCCAUCGAGAACACAGAAGGAGGGAAGUGGAUUAAAGAAAACUACAAGUUCUCUCACUGCAUACCUGAAGAGCUGCAGCGCCAGAUCGAUGGGAAGCAUCUGGACUCCUUCAAAAGUUUUAACCAGUAAACAUGUUUCCCCUGGAGCUCAAGAAAAAGACGAGCAGAGACGUCUUAUAAAAUGGACAUGAACACUUUAAUUUGCAGAUAUGCUGUAAAUCUUCAAUGAAACAAUUAAUAUAAUGGCGAUUUAAUCGUACCUAUUUUUAAUAUGUGAAAUUGUUUUUCUGCUUUGUAAUAUAUUACUAAAAAAAUAAACCACAAGACCCUUCACUUACAAUCCGUGGUAAAUGUUCCCACACACAACCACAAUGAAACAAAUUGGGUCCCUGGUUUGAUUGUAAACAGAGCGUACCAUCAAGUAUCGUUACAAAACUAGUUUCAGUCAGAGUGAAAAUAAACCGUCACUGUUUUCUUGCCUUUGCAAGCCACUCGUGAAGAGAAUAAGUCACAACUUGAUAACAUA